CUGGGAGAAUGAGGAACAGGUGCUAAUAAUAAUCACUGUUCAUGACAACAGAUGAAGAUCUCGGGUGAUCAGCGCCUCUGGUGGACACAGGUGGUAUUUCAGCGUGCAGAUGUGAGCAGUUGGACUCGUUUAACUCUAAGACUCUGGGUUUAUUACUCACUUAUUCAUCUUAAAGCAUGUUAUUCAGUGAGUAUUGCUGGGGUAUGACGAAAUCAAAAGCUGCUGAUAGCUUGGGAGAUGAAGUGAAAGUGGAUGGUUUGCUGGAUAUAAAAUCUCCUGACGCACCUUUCCAGGACACUCACACUAACACUGAGCUGAAGCCAUCACCGGAGAGAAAACAGGAACAUCGGCAUGGCCAGCAGGGGCAAACAGUGGGUUCUCCUGGCAGCAGGUUCUAAAGGUUGGAAAGACUACAGUGUCCAGGCCAACGUGUGCCACGCUUACCAGGUCGCUCACCAGAACGGCGUUCCAGAUGAGCAGAUUGUGGUGAUGAUGUAUGAUGAUAUCGCUUACAACGAACAAAAUCCCACUCCUGGAAACAUAAUUAACGUACCAAAUGGCCCAAAUGUUUACCCUGGGGUUCUGAAGGACUACACUGGAGAGGAGGUAUCAGCGGAGAACUUCCUGUCUGUACUGUGUGGAGAUUCGGAGGCUGUCAAGAAAACAGGAAGAAAAAAAGUCAUACAAAGUGGUGAAAAUGAUUCUAUCUUCAUCUACUUAUCAGACCAUGGAAAUAGAGGGAUCUUUCACUUUCCUAAUUCUACACUUUAUGCACAUGAUCUCAUUAACACAGUGAAGGCCAUGUCAAAGAGUCGCACGUUUUCAAAGAUGGUCAUUUAUUUGGAAGCGUGUCAUUCCGGAUCGAUGCUGGAUCAGCUGUCUGACAGCAACGUGUAUGCAGUUUCUUCGUGCAGUCCUGAUGAAUAUACCUACGCUUGUUUCUUCGACAAGAAAAGAAAUACCUUUCUUUCUGAUAUCUUCACCUUUAACUGGCUGCAGCACAUGGACACGGUAAAACUUACAGUGACGUCGUUUGGAGAGCAGUUUUCCUACCUGCAGAAACACGUGAGUAAAGACGCGAGGAAGGCAGGAGUGACUGAGACGCCAUGUAACUAUGGGGACAAGGGAAUGCUGAAGGUAAUGUUGAGUGAAUUUUUUGGAGAUUCCCCUCGCUUCGUCAGCGAGACCUACACGUCCCAGAUCCUGAACGUUCAAGUGUCCGAUGUGGUGGACACUACACAAGUUCCACUGAUAAUCCAAGAAAACAGGAUUAAAAACGAGCAGGACCCGGAAAAGAGACAGGCCCUGGAAAGACAAUAUGAUGAUCUUAAAAGAAAGAGGAAGACAGUGGAUGAAGCGCUGCAGAAGAUCGCUGAGCGCACAAACGCUUCACGAGCUCUGACUGAAAAGCGUGAGGUGACUCGGACGUACGAACUCAAACUCGUGGCUGAGCAUUUCAGGAAAAAUCUCUUCAACUGGGAAGAGGAGCCGUUUGUUGUCACUCGUGCACACCUGCAGGUUUUAGUGAAUCUGUGUGAGUGUGUGUUGGAGGUUGAGAGCAUCACUGAAGCCAUCACUCACGCGAGCCAGGAGAUCACUUUCUGAAGAACUCGACACCACGACCGUUUUCUUUGACACGUUCUCUUUCAAUGAUAUGAGGAUUUCGAUUAGAUCAUCUUUUAAAAGCGAUAUUUUUAUUAUUCUUAUUUUUUUUAUUUUAGUUUUGUUAAAAAAUUUUUUUUACCAACCUUAACUAACUAAAGUCACACAAUACCAAAUCCUGUAGAAUACCUCAAUAAAGAACUCGGAGAGAAACGAAA